AAAAAGGGUGGCAACUUGGGUUUCAGCAUUUUAAACACGUGCAACACAAGUUCUUCGUUUUUAUUUAUUUUAAGCGGAUUUUGUGAAAGAAACAGAUGACAAAAUGCUGGAGGAGAUGAAACAGAUGAAGACCACUCCGGUGCUGACAAAUUCUCGACCGGAAUUCAAGCAAAUACCCAAGAAACUAAACAGGCAUUUAGCCAAUUUGGGUGCACCACAUGUGGACUCCUUCGACGAGAUGCUCACAGCGGGACUGGACCUUGUGGCGAAGCAUAUGGUACCCGCCCAUUGGCAGAGUCCUGCCGGCGAACAAAUCUCACUGAAAGUGGAGGCCAUUUGGAUAUCGAAGCCACAGGUUCCUCAGGAUGUGAUUGAUGUGCGAACAAGGCAAGUGUACCCCACUGACUCCAGGCAGCUGCAUGCCUCGUACUCGGGAAUGUGCUCCGUGAGAUUGGGUUACAGUGUCAAUGGAGUACCCAGUGCCCCAAUCAAUGCUGACCUCGGAGAAGUGCCCAUUAUGUUGCGUUCCAAGGCGUGUAAUCUCGGCAAGGCAUCCCCCAAGGAAAUGGUGAAGCAUGGCGAACACGACUCCGAGUGGGGCGGAAUCUUUGUGAUUCGUGGCAACGAAAAGAUUGUCCGAAUGUUGAUCAUGACCAGGAGGAACCAUCCCAUUUGCAUCAAGCGCUCUUCCUGGAAGGAUCGAGGCCAGAACUUCAGCGACAUUGGUGUGCUGGUGCAAACCGUCCGCGAGGAUGAGACCUCCUUCAACAAUGUUCUCCACUACCUGAACAAUGGCACUGCCAAGUUCAUGUUCUCGCAUGUGAAAAGGCUGUCGUACGUUCCUGUCUGCUUGAUCCUCAAGUGCCUCAUGGACUACACGGACGAGGAGAUAUACAAUCGCCUCAUCCAGGGCUACGAAUCCGAUCAGUACUACUUGUCCUGCGUGCAGAGCAUGCUGAGAGAAGUCCAGAACGAAAAUGUAUACACCCACUCGCAGUGCAGGAGCUUCAUUGGCAACCUCUUCCGGUCCCGGUUUCCCGAGGUUCCCGAAUGGCAGCCCGACGAGGAUGUGACUGAUUUCAUUCUGAAAGAGAGAAUCAUGGUUCAUCUGGACAGCUAUGAGGAUAAAUUCCAGCUGAUUGUGUUUAUGGUGCAGAAACUGUUCCAGUGCGCGCAGGGCAAGCAGAAAGUGGAAAACGUGGACUCGGCUAUGAUGCAGGAGGUUCUCGUCCCGGGGAUCCUCUAUCAGAAAUACAUUGGCGAACGCAUAGAGACUUGGAUGAUGCAAGUGCGUCGCUGCCUUCAGAAAAAAUUGACCACUCCGGACUCCCUUGUGAACAGUGCUUUGAUGACGCAGUGCAUGCGCCAGGCGGGCGGAGUGGGUCGUUCCAUGGAGUCCUUUCUGGCCACGGGCAACAUUGUCAGCCGCACUGGUCUGGGCCUAAUGCAAAACAGUGGCCUGGUCAUCAUGGCCGAGAACAUCAACCGGAUGCGCUACAUGUCCCAUUUCCGGGCCAUACAUCGAGGUUCCUACUUCACCACGAUGCGAACCACAGAAGCACGCCAACUGCUACCCGAUGCUUGGGGAUUCAUUUGUCCCGUUCACACGCCUGACGGCACGCCCUGCGGUCUCCUCAAUCAUUUGACCCUAACCUGUGAGAUUUCCAAGCGUCCAGAUCCGGAGCUAGUGAAGGCCAUUCCCUCAAAACUAAUAGAGAUGGGCAUGCUCCCCCUGUCCAAUCGCCGAGAUCCCGACGCCAAGCUCUACGUGGUCUUCCUUGAUGGAAGGCACUUGGGUCACAUCCACCAAUCGGAUGCAACAAAAAUAGUCGAGGAGCUGCGCCAUGGAAAGAUUUUCGGCAGUCUUCCCCAGAUGAUGGAAAUCGGCUUCAUUCCGUUCAAGAAGAAUGGACAGUUUCCCGGACUGUUUCUGGCCACAGGUCCUGCCCGGAUGAUGCGGCCCGUUUGGAACCUAAAGUGGAAGAAAGUGGAAUAUAUUGGAACCCUGGAGCAGUUGUAUAUGGAGAUUGCAAUCGACCCUAAGGAGAUGUAUCCGGACUUCACCACUCACUUGGAGCUGGCCAAAACGCACUUCAUGAGCAACCUGGCCAACUUGAUUCCUAUGCCCGACUACAAUCAGUCGCCCCGUAACAUGUACCAGUGCCAGAUGGGUAAGCAGACCAUGGGAACUCCGUGCCUGAACUGGCCAAAGCAGGCGGCCAACAAACUGUACCGCCUCCAGACGCCAGGGACGCCUCUAUUCCGACCUGUGCACUACGACAACAUUAAGCUGGACGACUUUGCGAUGGGCACCAAUGCCAUAGUGGCGGUCAUUUCCUACACUGGCUACGACAUGGAGGAUGCCAUGAUCAUCAACAAGGCGGCCUACGAAAGGGGAUUCGCUUAUGGAAGCAUUUACAAGACCAAGUUUGUGUCGCUGGACAAGAAGAGCAGCUACUUCUGCCGCCAUCCGCACAUGCCAGAACUGGUGAAGUACCUCGAUACAGACGGAUUACCGCAUCCCGGGUCUAAGCUAAGUUACGGAAACCCUUUGUAUUGCUACUUUGAUGGCGAGGUUGCCACCUACAAGGUGGUGAAAAUGGACGAAAAGGAGGACUGUUUUGUGGACAGCAUCCGGCAGUUGGGAAGUUUCGAUGUCUCUGUUAAGAAGAUGGUGGCCAUAACGUUGCGAGUUCCUCGACCGGCGACCAUUGGCGACAAGUUCGCCUCAAGAGCUGGCCAGAAGGGCAUCUGCUCGCAGAAGUACCCCGCCGAGGACCUGCCCUUUACGGAAUCUGGCUUGAUUCCGGAUAUUGUCUUUAAUCCUCACGGUUUCCCCUCCCGUAUGACAAUUGCGAUGAUGAUCGAAACGAUGGCGGGCAAGAGUGCAGCCAUGCACGGGAAUGUGUAUGAUGCCACGCCAUUCCGCUUUUCCGAGGAGAACACGGCCAUCGAUUACUUCGGAAAGAUGCUAGAGGCUGGCGGGUACAACUACUAUGGAACUGAGAGGCUGUAUUCGGGGGUGGAUGGUCGGGAGAUGACGGCCGAUAUAUUCUUCGGAGUGGUCCACUACCAACGACUCCGGCACAUGGUGUUCGACAAGUGGCAGGUGCGGUCCACGGGUGCCGUGGAAGCCCGCACCCAUCAGCCGAUCAAGGGCCGGAAGCGCGGUGGUGGCGUGAGAUUCGGAGAGAUGGAACGCGAUGCUCUAAUCUCCCAUGGAGCUGCGUUCCUGCUGCAGGAUCGAUUGUUCCACAACUCGGACAAGACGCACACGCUGGUGUGCCACAAGUGUGGCUCGAUCCUGGCGCCACUGCAGCAGAUCGUGAAGCGGAACGAGACGGGAGGACUCUCGGCCCAUCCGAAGACGUGUCGUCUGUGCGGGGACAGCAGUGCCGUCUCCAUGAUAGAGAUCCCAUUCUCCUUCAAGUUCCUGGUCACCGAACUGAGUUCGGUCAAUAUCAAUGCCAGGUUCAAGCUGAACGAGAUUUAAUUGGUUUCUAGAUUACACUGUUAGUUAUUUUACUCUUUUUAAAAUAAAGUUAAAAAAUUAUACAAAAA